AUGGAGGCCUUUACAUUUGCGAGCUCGGAUACGCUCGACUAUCCCGUGAGCAUCCGCAUCAUCAACCUCGAGGGUGCCGAGGCGCCUGUGCCCUUUUCUACGUUGAUCGAACACCCAGAGCUCCGGCAUAUCGGAUCUAACCAAAGCGCCCACUCGGAUCUCUACGUCACGGUUCAAUUAUGGGCCGGGUCUAAACCCUUGACCGUCCCAGUUCAGACAUCCUACAAGGCUUUCCGGGCAGAGAGGAGGUGGAACGAGUGGCUGACGCUUCCCAUCACCUAUUCAACGUUACCCCAAAAUGCGCGCUUUGCCAUCACCGCCUGGGAUCUGUCGCCGACAGGAAGCAAAGACGCACAGGGACACGCAGUUCCAUACGGAGGAACCACACUCCCGCUAUUCGACCAAGACAACCAGCUCCACAAGGGCCGCCAAAAAUGUCAUCUCUACCGGCGCCGGCAGGCUGACGGAAAUGAUGACUCCCGAACACCCGCCUUUCUUCCCAAAAAGAAGAUGAAAAGGGGCGAGCCCGAGGAGAAGGAGGUCGACGAGUUGGAUCGGAUGGAGAAGUUGUUCAAGAAGCACGAGAUGGGUGAGAUUCAGCGCGUUGACUGGCUUGACCAGCUUGUCUUUCGGGGGUUUGAGAAGCGCGGCCUCCAGUCCGCCCGGUCGAAUAUGAGGCCAGCCAAGCCACAGGACGCAGCGCAGAGCGAAGGACAGAAAGAUGAUGGGGAACCUGCUGCUCUACCAGGUCCAUCCAACAUCGUCCUGAACGUCGAGCUCCCAAGGUUUGAUUUCCCCAUCGUUUUUGCCGACCACGAGUAUCCCCCUCCGCCCGUAUCAUCCUAUCUGCACCCUUCUUCUUCUCAGUCCAACAUCGUCCUCAAGCCACCACCAGAGGUCCAACUCGGCCCGGGAAUCAACGCGACCGCCGACGACGACGAGGGCUACGGCGGCCGUUUGAUACGGGUGUACGAUCCCGAGGUUGCGGCUAAGGACAACCCAGCAGAGAGCAAGCACCGCCGCCUUGUCCGUGGACAGCACCGCAAUGGGAUCUUGGACAAAGAUUUGAAGCCCAACGCCAAGGUCCGGGACGAGUUGAAUUUGAUAAUGGCAUAUUCACCCACCCACACGCUAUCGCCCGAGGAGAAGGAUCUGAUAUGGAAGUUCCGGCACCAUCUCACGCGGAACAAGAAAGCGCUCACUAAGUUUGCCAAGUCGGUUAACUGGCAGGAUCAGUCCGAGUCGCGACAGGCGGCGCAGAUUUUGGGCAAGUGGACGGAUAUCGAUGUUGACGACGCCCUGGAGCUCCUCGGCCCGACGUUCGAUAACUCGGCCGUGCGGGCGUUUGCUGUGGACCGCCUGCGCAAGGCCGACGACCAAGAAUUGCUGUUGUACCUGCUUCAGCUCGUACAGGCGCUCAAGUACGAACACAUCUCCCCGCAACCGGGCCAAGAAGUGACGCAAGACUCUUCGUUGGCCCGGUUUCUGAUCUCGAGAGCUGCCAACAGCUUUACACUUGGGAACUACUUUUGGUGGUACGUAAUGGUUGAGUGCGAUGACAAGUCGCAGGACCAGGGGGCGGAUAACCAAGCUAUCUAUGGCAAGGUUGCCUAUGAUUUCAUGACGGAGCUAGUCAAAGAACCAGGCGGCCAGGAAACACGGGAGACGCUCAAGAGACAGGCGGAGUGGAUCGCCAUCCUGUCUAAGAUAUCCGGCGAGAUCAAGGAAUCGAACGAAUCCAUCGCCAAACGAACGGAACGUGUCAAGCAGUUCCUCGGCGACCCCAAGAAUGAGCUCACCAACAUCGACCCACCAUUACCGCUGCCACUCGACCCCUCGGUCGAAAUCAUCGGCGUGGCCCCGGAGGAAACGGUCGUCUUCAAGUCCUCGCUCCACCCCAUCAAAGUCUCGUUCAAGACCACCUCGGGCCGGAAGUACCCCAUUCUCUUCAAAACAGGCGAUGACCUCCGUCAGGACCAGCUCGUGAUCCAAAUCAUCACCCUCAUGGACGACCUCUUGCAAAAAGAAAACCUCGACCUCAAACUCUCCCCCUACAAGAUCCUCGCCACCAGCACCAGCGCAGGCCUCUCCCAGUUCGUCCACUCUAUGACCUUUCAAGGCAUCACCUCCAAGUACCGCAACAACCCAGCACUAGCCUACCUCAAACAGAACAACCCCGACAGCCACGGCCCCAUGGGCCUCCGCAAAGAAACACUCGACACCUUCAUCAAGUCCUGCGCCGGCUACUGCGUCAUCACCUACAUCCUCGGCGUGGGCGACCGGCACCUGGACAACCUCCUCCUCGCGCCGGACGGGCACUUUUUCCACGCCGAUUUCGGCUACAUCCUCGGCCGCGACCCGAAACCCUUCGCACCGGCGAUGAAGCUGUCCAAGGAAAUGGUCGAUUGCAUGGGCGGGUCAGGCUCGGAGCAUUACCGGCAGUUUCGGCAGUACUGUUUUCUGGCGUACAGCGCGCUGCGGAAGAACUGUAAUCUGAUUCUGAACUUGUUCACGCUUAUGGCGAAUGCGAAUAUCCCGGAUAUUAAGCUGGAGCCGGAUAAGGCUGCGCUGAAGGUUAAGGAGCGGUUUCAUCUUGAGAUGAAUGAGGAGGAUGCUAUUCGGCAUUUGGAGAGGAUCAUGGAUGAUAACUUGAAUGCGUUGGUGCCGGUGGUUAUUGAUAAGUUGCAUGAGUUGGUACAGGCGUUCCGGGCUUGA